AUGAACACCUCCGUGAAAGUUGUCUGCCUUGUCGCCCUUCUAUGCCUUUUCGCCCUUUCGGCUGAGGCUCAGUGGUACGGUGGAUAUUACGGCGGCUACCCAUCAUACUAUGGUGGAUACUACGGCAGCUACGGAUACCCGUAUGCUGGCUACGGCUACGGUGGAUACGGAUACGGUGGAUGGGUGAAGCGCGAGGCCGGUUUCCCGCAACAACCCAAGGCCGUCUCGGGACCCAACCAG